AUGAACAUCACACUUGACGACACUUCCCCUCAGUUCAGGUACUUUUCCUCUGGGAAUACCUGGAUCGCUAAUCAUACCACCGACCCGUCCACCGACCUGUACUUCAAGAAAACCUUUAUGGGUACCCACACCGAAGCCGACUAUGUAUCCCUCACUUUCAACGGUACCGCCAUCACUAUCUACGGCGCUAAACGACCAAACCAUGGCGUGUACUCGACUCAACUUGACGGGGGAAGCGAAUCCUUCCAGAGCGGUUAUUCGUCGACUUCGCAGUUUCAAGUCCCAAUUUUCCAAGCCAUGUCGCUUUCAGAAGACCUGGAGCAUACGAUUCUUUUGAAGAAUCUGCCAUCGCAGACGACUGUGAGCGGGACAAACAAUACGGAGUGGUGGAUGGAUGUGGACUAUGCUGUGAUCACUACGUCUGCUACUGGCAAGGUCUGGACGACCACCUACGACGAUCAGUCUCCAGCACUGAACUAUAUCGGCUCGGGAUGGGACCCGUAUGCGGCGCCCCUCCAGCCAGCCGACUACUUUAACCGCACUGCGCACGUCACCCAGACUGUUGGCGACUCGGUAUCGCUGAGCUUCAACGGUUCAAGUGUGCAAGUUUUUGGAGGACUGUACUUUGACCAUGGAAAUUUUUCUGUCUCACUUGAUGGCGGUAAGACUUCGAAUUACAACGGCACGUUCUUCGAGCUCCAGCCUGGCACAACUCUGUACCAGGCGACUGGUCUCGAGGAGGGGGUCCACAACAUUCAGAUCACCAAUCUCGGCCAAGGCCGCAAGGGCAAAUUUCUCGACAUUGACUAUUUCGUGGUCAACUCCACCGUCGACCACUCUUCCUCUGAUAAUAGCACCGACGGCAAUAGCACCUCUACCUCCACCGCUGUGCCUCUAUCUGGCAAGUCAUCCUCGAAUGCCGGAGCUAUCGCUGGAGGUGUUGUUGGUGGCAUCCUCGGCCUAGCACUGGUAGUCGUCUUGGCUUGGUUCUUGUUCCGGCGUAACAGGACCAAGCUGGGCGGUGAAGAGUCGCCGUAUCUCAAACCCGGCAAGCUGGACUUCCCGAUGGACUUGAACGGUACGGAGGUCAAGCCAUACAUUAGCAACCAACAAGAACACCAUAUCCUCCCCAUCGGUGCUCUACCUGUCCACAAUGAUCCUCCCACCAGCUCAUACAACGGCCACGUCCGAGAAUUGUCUUCCAAUACUACUACUGGCCAUUCUGUUCAUCAGCUAUCGCCUACAGGGCGCGAUACCAAUGCACGCGGGUCAUUCUUGAAUGUCGUCCCCGGUCCACCUCCCAGUAACGCCACGAGCUACGCGCGGAGUAUCAACCCGCCUAGCAGUAUCGGGUCUCCGCCCCCCAUACCUGAAGGCUAUACAAACCCUUUCAACACGCCUAGGGAGCAAGGAAUGGCAAGGAGCGAGGGUGCACAAACGUUUGGCGUAGGUGGCGGGACGAGUGAUGAUGGGCAUUCGCGUGGCUCUGGAAAGUCUGCUGGGGUUCCACUGCCUUAUACUGCUCGACUUCCAUCAUCCCGGUCGCCGACGUCGGUCAACACUGCUACCGCAUCGAUCCCUCCUGUACCCGCUUCACACCAAGCAUCGUCCCCCGGCGCAGACAUAUCAAACCCUCACGGGGAAGGCGAUGGUCUGCGAAGCCAGGGAUCGAUUGGCAGAAUGUACGUGCCAGGGAGGGCGCAGGAUGUCGGGCCAUUUGGUGCUGGAGCGGAAGUCGAGCCGGAGGUGGCAGCUGUUUUGCCGCCUGAUUACAACCAGGCCACGGAGCCUCUACCGGGCCAGAGGGCUAGGAAGUAG